GAUCAUCGCUCAGUUGCACAAUGGCGUGCUAUGGUAGUGCUUCGUGCUGUGAAAGCUGUUUCUGAGCGGGAACCGGCCCAAAAGUUGGCCAGUCCGGAAGACGGAGACGUUGUCCCCAGGGCCAGACGAACAUCCCUCGUUUGUACAGAUGGUCAAAUUUUGGAACGAUAUCCACUCAGGAACAAGCUAUUACAAAGGAACAGAACUAAAACUGGCGUUCCAAAACACUGUCGACGUGUAUGGAUUUAUUACUAUUAGAGAAGCCUGACCAGGAGUACAACCCGCAUUGGAUUAAAUGUACUGACAGAAGCCCUAGUCUGUAGAGGAGACCGAAGAAAUCGUAUCAAUGAAAAAAUCUGAUUCACAAGGUUUCGAGUGCACUUUACAAUUUUCGGCCCUGAAGUUGUAAAGUGGAAGGUUAAGUUAGUUCAACGUUUAGGCGUGCCCAUAAGUAUUGCAGUGUCUCGAGGGUAGACGUUCGUGUUACAGCGUGUGUUAACACAAAUAUUUUACACAAGUGUACAGACGUGUCUGUGAAUUCAAAUCAAUCCUAAUGCAAGUUGAAGAGAGACCUCUAUCUACUACCCUCCUCCACCACCUCCAACUGACGAGGUUUAAAGAUGAACAAAUUAUCCAAGAAACGUCUUCACAACAAGGACCACCACAUGACACUGGUGGUGUACGAAGCAAUGUUGCUGUUGCUGUCGAUGGGGACUGUGAGUUGCUAAAACCCGGGACAUACCAACUGCAACAGCAGCAGCCACAACACAAACAAACUGUGUGUGUAAGUCAGUUGUAUCCAAACCUACAACCAUCAUCACCUGUGCCACGUACAUCAUCAUCAACAAAUAAACAAUUCUCAGCCUCUCUUGUGGGUAACAAGUACCUGAUAGAACAGGUGGAAGGGAGUACUUUGUGCAGAUGUGUCAACGUCAUUACACAAGAGGAGUAUGUGUGUAAGGUGGUGAGUCGUGCAGCAAGCGGCUUGCUGUCAGCCCACUACAGGGUGGAUUCUCACCCGCACAUCAACUCUCUGCAUGAGGUACUCUUAGGAGAACAGUUCCUAUACCUCGUGUUCCCACCAGCACACGGAGACUUACAUUCGCACGUGAGGCUUCGGAAGAGGCUCCGGGAACCCGAGGCUCGAAGACUGUUCAAGCAGAUCGCGGAAACGGUCCGCGCCUGCCAUGAUCAAGGGAUCGUACUUCGUGAUCUCAAGCUCAGGAAGUUCGUGUUCGCCGAUCCUCAUAGGAAUCAUUUAAAGUUGGAAACUCUGGAAGAUGCCGUUGUUCUGGAGGAUCCAGACGAUGACCACCUUCAAGAUAAACGUGGCUGCCCCGCAUAUGUGAGCCCAGAGAUCCUUCGAAGUCAUGCUCGGUACUCGGGUCGCGCUGCGGAUAUGUGGAGUUUAGGCAUUAUACUUUACACGAUGCUCGUUGGAAGGUAUCCAUUUAAUGCCAGUGAACAUGCCAGCCUCUUUGCCAAGAUCACCAGGGGUCAUUUUAUCAUUCCUGACUGUCUUUCUUCAAGAGCCAAGUGCUUGAUUCGCAGUUUACUUCGACGAGAACCGAGCGAACGUCUCUCGGCAGCCGAUGUACUGCUGCAUCCGUGGCUCGCUCGUGAGGAACAGGUUGAAGCAUCUCUGCGUGGAGAUCAGAUAGUACCCAAUGUGAGGCUCAAUGAAACAUUCGUUAAUAAAAACUGUGCAGCACUUCCAUAAAUAAAAUUGGCUCAAGAGAUAUACUUCCAAAUCACGGUCUGGAUCGCCUGAACCACUCCAAGUCUGUUGGACAAACUGCAGUAUUAUUAAUAGAAUUAUGGUCAUGGUCUAACUGCAGUACUAAACUUCCAUCAAGAUUGAUUAUGUCUGAAGUUCUUCCAUCGUUAGUCAUUUAUUAUAACACAGCAACUGAACUGUCGUCAUACUUCGGAUGAGAGCGCACGUGCAAAGUACCAGACCAUGUGCUGUAGAAAUUCUAUACUUUGCUGUAUCGUCGUAGCAUUUUUAAGUUGAAGACUGCUUGAGCUAUUCGUAGCGUGUCCACAUACAAAGACGCUGCUGUAGUUUGACCACUGACAUAUUUGGAAAUAAUAACCUGAAAUAAUGUUAGCACUUCCGAGUCAAAAUGCUGUAUAUAGAGCAACAAAGAAUGUUUGUGGGCACUUCCGAUUAAAAUCACAUUAACCCUACUGCAUUCACAUUUCCACUUCACUUCUUCGUUUUAUCGCACAUUCACUGAAUGCCAGUAAGAAAUUUUGUCUGUUCCACGACCUUAAUAGUGGCAGAGCCUAGAUGGACUGUCUUGUGGUGUGACGGACAUUGCAGGUGGUCCUUAUCUAUCAUCUGGGUGAAUACAAUGUUUUGGUUAAGGAGCAUAAUGAUGCAAGCUCUUGUAGUAGCCGAUGUGCAAUACAGAUUGGUACUGGCAAGACUUCUGGCAUUCAUUGAAUUUAUUAAAUCUUCCAGAAGGCAUUUUAUGUGAGUGAGUGCUAUGUUCAAAAGUGUGAUAUUAUAAUACAUUGUGAUUUUGGAUGAUGAGGCAUUCAGAAAUUGGAAUUAAAUUCAAAAUAAAUUUGAGGUGUAUUGGUGAAUGAGGAGGUAUUUAAAAAGACCCAGGUAUGUGAAUUUGAUACUCCAAAUCUGAAGAUUGGAUUGUAAGAAAUAUAUUGAUUAAAGACUGAGUAGAUGCUAUUUCAGUUCUAGAAUGAAUUUUAAAACAAAUUUGAAAAUAAGAAUGUAGACAUUGCAUCAAACAUUUCCUUACAAAGGAGGGGAACUUCAACAUGAAAUUCAGUUCUUCUCUUCAAGUGUGUUACAUGGAAAUAUGAAUUGGUGUAACAAUAAAAAAAUCGCUGUUACAGUUGGCGUGCAUUUCGGCUUUCUCUAGUAUCCUCGUCUGUUAAUUGCAAUGAUUCAGAAAAGUUCCGUGUGAUCUCCAGUGGUGCAUGUAAAGCCCCCAGGAAAGUGUUGUAUUGGAACUGAUGUAUGGAUGUAAUUGUUUGUGUAAAUAGCAUUUCUUGUGAAUUUUUCUUGUUUCUGUUAAUGAUUACAAAAUGGUGUCAAUAAAUAGUUCAAAUUCAUUGGCAAU